GUCGCCAGGUCUGUUACGACCUACAUACACAUCGGACACGGGAGUGCUCGGAAUCCUCGACCGGACACAUACUGCACCUAUCGAUGGACUCUGGUGGCGAUGCAGGGCCGCGGUCUUUGGGCAUAACGAAACAAAUAAGCCACCCACACUUUAUCAAAUUUAAAGAAGCAAAGCAGGAGCUCAGUGACGUGUACGAUGCCAUUCUGUCGUAUAUGGAUGACUGUUUACGCUUCACCGGCGAUCAACUUCACGAUGACAAGUUUUCCCGUUUACUUGGAUCCAACACACAUCGUGAAGUGGAAGAAAAUUUGGAGAAAAUACGAAAUAUCCGAGGUGUCAUUUCUCGGAACCAAAUGAAAUGCGCAUUUUUCGGGCGAACUUCUAAUGGCAAGAGUACUGUCAUUAAUGCAAUGCUUGGUUCGAAAUUGUUGCCUUCUGGGCUUGGACACACGACAAGUUGCUUCCUGCAAAUACAAGGCACUGACCAAGAAACGGGAUACCUUAUGGCUCCUGAAUCGGAUUCCAAAGAGCAAAGGGAUGCGGUACAAUCAGCUCCACAAUAUCGUCCCAUCGAAUCAGUUAGUCAGCUUGCGCACGCGUUGAGCGGCGUCAAAUUAGCCACGGACUCGCUGAUUCAAAUUUACUGGCCCAGCGCUCACUGCCGCCUUCUCCGGGAGGAUGUCGUCUUGCUGGACAGUCCGGGUAUUAAUGUAGAUCCCGAUGUUGACAAAUGGAUCGACUCACACUGUCUGGAUGCUGAUGUUUUUAUCCUGGUAGCCAACGCGGAAUCUACUUUGAUGCAAGCCGAAAAGGAUUUUUUCCACAAAGUCAGCCAGCGCCUCUCCAAACCGAAUAUUUUUAUAAUUAACAACAGAUGGGACGCCUCAGCCAACGAAAUGGAGUACGUCAAAGAGGUCCGGGCUCAACAUCUUCAGCGUUGUGUUGCAUUUUUAGUGGACGAGCUCAAAGUGUGUACACAAGCAGAGGCUGAAGAGCACGUCUUCUUUGUGUCUGCUCGUGAGGCUCUCUCCAUUCGCACGAGGGCAGUCCAUGGUUCUAUGGGCUACGGUUCGGGUUUGCCAAGUACCACAGACCAGCUGGGUUCACCAUUGCCCUCAAUGUUUUGCACAGCCGAGGGUUGGGAGGACCGGUUGCAGGAGUUCAACUCUUUUGAAGUAAUUUUCGAGAAAAAUCUUUCGGAAUCAGCAACACGCACAAAAUUUGCCACGCACUGCGAGGAAGGCAAGCAUAUAAUGGAACGAUUCCGGUCGAUCAUGGAAACCGCUUAUGAGACGGCUGUGGAGGAAAAAGAUGCUGCAGUUCGCUGUCGCUGCUUAUCUCAAGCGCACCUGGAGGAAGUCCGGUCGCGACUUCAUCGCAUCGGACAGGCCCUGGAGGAGAUGAUUCACACUUGUUUGGCUCGUGUGGAGGCCCAAGUCUCAAGCGCACUUAAUGGUGAGAUCAGAAGGCUUGGGGAACUGGUUGAUGGUUACUCCCGCCCAUUCCAUUCUGAUCCGGCGAUGCUGUUGCUGUACAAGCGGGAAUUGAACACUCAUGUGGAAAGGGAACUGGGUCGGAAGUUAACGGAGGCUUGUUCAAGCGACAUUCUGAACGAAGUAGCACGAUCGGAGCAAAUCAUGAUGUCCAAACUUGCUUCCAUUGUUACUGAUGAAGCACAGAAGAAUCGAAUCCUCCAGCUAGUCGAUCCCACUGCUUUCCAACCAGAAUUCCACGUGGACUGUCGCAACUUGUGCGCUGACUUCCGUGAGGAUAUUCAGUUCCGAUUCAGUCUUGGCUUGGGAACUCUUUUCCAGCGGCUUUCAUCUCCUCGACGGCAAAUCGGACAGUACUCAUGGUCCACAAUCGCGAGUGGCUCCGGCAACACUCUUCUGCACUCUUCUGCAUCCCCGUGGACUAUCGACGUUUUCCCCUCCUUACUGAGUCGCAACUCCGUCGGUGCUGUGAUAAUUUUCGGUCUGGUUUCCAAAGCCGUCGGUUGGCGGGUUUUGGGUCUAAUCGCUGGGCUCUAUGGGGGUUUGUACGUAUAUGAACGACUUGCGUGGACAAACAAGGCCAAAGAAGCCGUAUUCAAACGACAGUAUGUGGAUUUCGCAUCACAGAAAUUACGACUAAUCGUCGAUUUGACAAGUACCAACGCACGGCAUCAAGUAAAACGAGAACUCUUGAUUUCGAAGAAAAAACUGACGGAGCAAGUUGAUGUGUUCUCUGAAUCGUUGGCAGACGAGGUGAAGCAACUCGAUGCAGAUAUUGUCCAUCUGGACUCUAUCACUGCCGAGGCGAAGAAGUUGAAAAGCCGCGCAGGAAACAUUCUCGGCUUGUUGAACAAAUUUUACGAUGUGUUUAUCACGAACUUACGACACGAGUUGAACGCUUGAACAAUCAACGCUCUCUUGGUCCUAUUUGUCCUCUCGUAACCUUUCGUCUAUGGCUACGGCCUACUCAGAUGGACUCGCGCCGGCGACUUUGCCUCCAACUUUCGCUUUUAGUUCACACUGGCCGUGGUGUGUUGUAGUGCUUUGUAGACCCACGCGUCCUCCCUUUUGUAGGACACGUUUCCCAUGUAACUAACCCUUAUGUCUUGCAACACCGGUUUGCUGAGUUUUUUCAACUCAUUCGUCGCAAUCAUUUGUGAUUUCCAUGUUCCUCUGGCGGGACGGCAUAUAUAACCUCUAUGCUUCUUGUCGACUUUUCUUUCAAAUGCCCAUGGGACUGCUUCUGAGAAGCUGUUAUCUUUUA